AUGCCAUCAUCGUUUGAAUCAGCUUCAAAUUGGGAUUUCACUCCGGUGAUCAAUCUCCUCCGCACCCCGACCUACGGCACUGGUAGCUCAUCGGUUCCUUAUCGCCACCCGGAGUCCGCCUCAAUUGCUCGGCCUACUUGGGAGACAAACAACAACGAUGGCUCCUCUUCCUCUAAUGAUGUGCGCGAGGUAAGGCCUGGUGAAGGAGCCCCUCCGAAGCUAGGAGACUUUGGUUCUCUCUGGGAGCUUUUAGGCAGUACUGGCAUCUCGGCCAUUCGCCCACCAGUUGAACCGUGUGAUAUCCCGCGGAACACGCCUACUCCCACGCCACAAUCGCCUAAACGUAUCGAAAUUCUCAAACGACCUUUGAGUAACCAUGUCGACUCCGCAGACUUGGAUGAGGUGCUUCCUCGCACCCCAUCAAAGCCUAUACCUGUCUCCGGUGUCUCCAAGUCCCGCAACUUGCAGGCCAAGACCGCAGCCGGGAAACGAGCUCCUAAUAAACCAGAUACUACACUGAGUAAGCAUGCAGAUGAGUCUUGCACAUCGGAGAGCGCUGUGGAAGCCGAGUCCGAUGGCAACCUCAGCGUCUUCGAUCCCCCUCUGCCUAAGAGUGGAGGCACUCCGUCGCUGGUCCCUCCGCAGGUCGGCACGGCGGGUGCCAUGUGUGAUCCAUAUGAGACGCCGCCUUCCUCCUACGAUGAGUCUGUAGAAACACCUCCCCCGAAGACUGUGAAGAACCCUCACAGCUCUGGCACGCUACGGGUGCAGCCUGUCGCAUACAAAUCUACGGCUGAUCGGAGGAUUGGUCUCUUGACUAAGCUUUUGAAGAACUUCCCCGACUAUGCAGAUGCCGUAACCCAGGUUGGACGGCCUUUGAUUCCUAAAAAGACGGACGUUACACGCCGCCCCAUCCAUGUCUUUGUUGACAUGUCUAAUAUUAUGGUUGGGUUUCACGAUACGGUGAAGCUAUCGCGCAAAAUUCCGGUGAAAACGCGGAUCCGUCGAUUGCCUUUGUCAUUCCAGAACUUCUCCCUAAUCCUCGAGCGUGGCCGGCCCACCGCCAAACGAGUCUUGGUGGGCUCGGAUCGAUUUGCAGCCAUCACUGAAGGCGAACAACUUGGUUACGAAGCCAACAUUCUCGACCGGGUCCACAAGGUCAAGCAUAUGACUCCUCGCCAAAUGCGAUUUCGUAAGAAUCCUCGAGCUGGCGCUCACGACCCUGGUAGCGGUUCAGAAACGAACGAAGCACCAGAGGAACGCUGGGUCGAGCAGGGUGUGGACGAAAUUCUGCAUCUGAAGAUUCUCGAAAGUUUGCUAGACACGGACGAACCGGCAACCAUCGUGUUAGCCACGGGAGACGCGGCGGAAGCCGAAUUCUCGGGCGGGUUUAUGAAGAUGGUGGAGCGGGCGCUGAGCCGGGGCUGGGCCGUGGAGCUGGUGAGCUUCAGUCAAGUGACGAGCUAUGCCUAUCGCCGGAAGGAAUUCCGGGCGAAAUGGGGGAACCGAUUUCGGAUGAUUGCGUUGGACGAGUAUAUUGAGGAGCUGCUUGAUAUGUAG